CAGGUGAUAGCUGUAAAAAUUCCCAAAUUUACCGCCCCGAAAUCAAGUCGACAGGAGAAAGUCGAAAACAACGUUCCCACAGUUAACCUUUGCUGUCGGUUGCCUGGUUAUUGAAACACACACACACACGAGUCGCCAACACAUUGUCGACUGCUUUAUCGAUAAGUUUGUUUUGUUGCUGGACGGCAGGACAUCGUUGGCUCAGUUGGCAGGAGAACGCCGGAGAGAAGGGAGCCUUUUCGCAGAAGAAUCCUAGGGAAGAGCCGGCAGCAGAAUGCCGCCGAAGGGGAAAAAGGGCAAGAAGGGCAAGAAACUGCCAGUGCUCAUCGAUGGCGUGGACACCUCGGCGAUGACCCGCGACCAGCUGGAGGCCUUUGCCCUCCGGCUGAAGGCGGAGAUGGACCGGGAGCGGGAGGAGCGCAACUACUUCCAGCUGGAGCGGGACAAGAUCCGGACCUUCUGGGAGAUCACGCGGCAGCAGCUCGAUGAGACCCGCUACGAGCUGCAGCAGAAGGACAAGGAGAUCGAGGCCACGCAGGACCUCGCGGACAUCGACACCAAGCACGUGAUGCAGCAGAUGAAGCACCUGCAGUUCGAGAACCACAACAAGCUGGGCGAGGUGCGGGCGGAGGCGAUGACCCAGCUGAAGCUGGCCCAGGAGCACCACGUCCUGCAGGAGAACGAGCUGCAGCGGGACAAGCGCCAGCUGCGCAGGAUGCUCCGCGAGAGGAUGGAGAUGAGCGAGAUGCAGCUGCGCCAGAUGGAGGCCCACUUCAACGAGAAGCUGCUGGAGCAGCGCAUCACCUUCGAGCGCGAGCGCAAGGACAACGAGAUGCUGCACGAGGAGAAGAUGAUCGAGCAGAAGGCCAAGCUGGACCUCUUCUACGGCACCCAGAUGUUCGAGGUGGAGGAGCGCAAGAACCAGCAGAUCAAGGACCUGCAGGACCACCACGACCUGGCCUUCAACGACAUGAAGAACUACUACAACGACAUCACGCUGAACAACCUGGCCCUGAUCGGCAGCAUGAAGGAGCAGCUGGAGCACCUGCGCAAGCAGGCGGAGCGCUCGGACAGGAUCGCCGCGGACACUGCGGCCGAGAACCGGCGGCUGAAGGAGCCGCUCGAGCACGCCAACAUCCAGCUGAACGAGUUCCGGCGCAAGCUGGAGUUCUACGAGCGGGACAAGCAGCAGCUGAGCCGCCUGAAGGCGCGCAACACGCGCCUGGAGAAGAAGGUCAAGGGGCUCACCUGGGAGGCGGAGACCCUGAUCCUGCGCAACGACUCCCUCGUGGCGGAGCGCGAGGGCCUCAAGGAGCGCUUCAACGACGUCAUCGUGGAGCUCCAGCAGAAGACCGGCCUGAAGAACGUGCUCCUGGAGCGCAAGAUCGCCGCCCUGAUGCGCGAGGACGAGAAGCGCAGCAUCGUCCUGCACGAGACGAUCGCCACCUGCGCCCCCAACUUUGCCGAGAAGCUGACCAGCCUGGACGAGCGCGUGGGCAACAUCGUCGACGAGAAGAACAAGAUCAUCCUGGACCUGCGCUACGAGGUGGCCAAGGCGCGCAAGGCCCACGACGACCUCCUGGAGACCUACGAGUGCAAGCUCAAGCAGUACGGCGUGCCCACCGACGAGCUGGGCUUCAAGCCCCUCAGGGAUCGGGACCAGCAGCAGCUGUACGUCUGCGGGCCCGCGGGGAUAAUCACGGAGAACAAGUAGGGAGCCUCCUGUCCGCCGGCUGCAGGAGCUCCAGUGAAAAAGAGCUAAAGAACUGACCGGCCGGAGGAUCCAAAGCCAAAUCGUACGAACACAUAUUACCGAGGAUCGAAAACGAAAAGCAUUGAAAAGUGAAACUAAAGUAAAAACGCUCCCUUUUGAAUUUUUGGCUUGAUCAAACGCAGAAGACAUCAGGAGUAGAGUAUCUCUUCGUAUUGCGAUCAAAAACGGAAAAAUAUUACAGCGAAGUGGAAACAAUGAAAAAGAACAGAAGACAGAACUUAUAUUUUAUAUCUGCGAGACGUUAACUGCAUCUUCAAAUGAAAAACCUGAUCCGAAACGAAUCCCCCGUCAUGGCUCCCGGUAAACUUAAAUUUUAGUGCCGUUCCGAUUGAAGUAUUCAUUCAUCCAAAGUAUUCAUUGCCCAAUCUAUUUUAAUUGGAACAAUAAAGCAUGAUUAAAUAUUUCAAA